UCUCUGAAUGAUUCGACUUUCACACCAUUCUCCCUCACCAAGAAAGAGACCGUUUCGUCCACCAGCGCCAUUUUCACCCUCUCACAAUCGCAUAUUCCGCCAGGCACGUUUGACGAAUGGUCGAAAAAGGGAGUCUGGAGCAUUGAGAUCAAACAACCUCAACUUCAGAUUGCAAGAGCAUAUACACCUCUGCCGCCGCUGAAUGGUUCAGACCCGGACGCUCUGCGUCUGCUCGUCCGUCGUGAGCGGAGAGGAGAGGUGUCGGGAUACCUACACAGGCGACCUCAGGGUGCUGACGUUGAAGUCAGAGGUCCAGCUAUCGAGUAUGAGUUACCGCAGGAUGUCGACCAAGUUGUCUUUCUUGCCGGAGGUACAGGUGUUGCGCCUGCCAUUCAAGUAGCACAUGCUGUCGGCGACAAAGCUCGUGUUUCUGUACUAUGGGCAAACAGACAGAGAGAAGACUGUGUAGGUGGUUUGAGCGAUGACCCAAUUACUCCUGGUUGGUAUGCCAGCUUCACAAGGCUCUUCAGCAGUGAAUCUCAUCACAGCACCGCAACCAGCGGCGAGAAGAGCUUAAUCGUGAGACAACUCGAUGCGCUCAAACAGACUAACAAAUCACUUACUGUCGACUACUUUGUUGAUGAGGAGAGCACUCAUAUCCAUCCGCAAGAUGUCCGCAAUGCCAUCGCUCAGACCUCAAGUCAAACACCAACCUCUGAACAAGGCAGGAAAGUCAUUUUCGUAUCUGGACCAGAAGGUUUCAUCAACUACUGGGCUGGUCCCAAGCAAUGGUUCAACGGUCGAGAAGUUCAGGGUGUACUCGGUGGCGCUCUUGCACAUAUGGAUCUUAGAGGCUGGCAAGUGGUCAAGUUGUGA